CAGAGGCCUGUCUCUUAUCUCAAACUCUGAAAGCUCACUGCGCCGAAGAAGAAGAAGAAGAAGAAGAUGGCACAGACGCUGGCGACCCCCGUCGCACCGUCGCUCUCUCUCAUCUGCAACCGCGGAGGAAGCUCCGUCUCUCCCUUCUCCACUCUCUCUUUUCCCGUCGCUACCCCUCCCAAGCUCCAGGGCCUAAGCAUCCGAUGCGCCCGUGUCGGAGGUGUGGAAAUUCCAAAUAACAAGCGUAUCGAGUACUCUCUCCAAUACAUCCACGGCGUAGGCCGAACCCGAGCUCGCCAAAUACUUUGCGACCUCAGCAUGGAGAACAAGAUCACCAAGGAUUUAUCGGAGGAAGAGCUCAGCACGCUUCGUGAUGAGGUUUCCAAGUACAUGAUCGAAGGCGAUUUGAGGCGGUUCAAUGCGCUCAACAUAAGGAGAUUGAAGGAAAUCCAGUGCUACAGAGGCAUGAGGCACAUCCAGGGGCUGCCUUGCAGAGGACAGCACACCAAGAACAAUUGCCGGACACUGAAGGGCAAGCGCGUCGCAAUUGCAGGGAAGAAGAAAGCCCCUCGUUAGACAAAUUUAACCGGUUCGUUUACCUGUGAUGAUUGCUGAAAUGAAAACUCGACUUUGAACUCUAUUCAUUGUUGUGCAGGAGAAGUAUUUAAGCUAACGAAAUUUACUUCCACAAUG